GUGACAACAAGAAUGAGUGCCGUGUCCAUCAUGCAACAGUCACACAAGGUAAAAAAGCCCACAACUCAAACAUCACGAUGGCCUCGAAAUCAAACUACAUCACGAUGGCAUCUCCUUCCGCCACGUCAUUUGAGACACCUGACGGCGCGUCCACACCUACGGUUGCAGUGGCCAAGCUCCAUCGAGCCAACCGCAUUGCGAUGAUCGUAUUUCUCCUUUGCAGUAUCACAGGGGUGGUGCUAUGGUACGUCUUUGAUACGCCAGUGGGCCAUUUUACUCGAAGCCCCCCCGCCAACACUGCUGGGGCAUGCCACGCCUGUGCCCUGCUCAACACUACCACCAACGCCGUGAAUCGCCACCAGUCGCAGUACUACUACUUCAACGAACCAAUCUGCCCCAAGGCGCUAUUCCCAACGGCGGACACAGAUAUGAUCUUGUGCAAUCGAGCCGUACCUUGCUGCUGCCCUGCUACGAGCGACCACGGUGGCGGUGGCACGUAUAAGCUCACUUGUCAAAAUGCGACAGAGUGCACGUGCAAGUACUGGAACUCGCGAGGAGACUCGACGUAUCUCACGUUAUUCGUGGAUGCAGCGCUGUUCAUGUUCUUGCUCGUGUUGAUCUCCAUCGUGGCGUGUAUCUGGGGGUGUUGCUGGAGUUGCCAGGUCAAAAAGCUUCAACGCAGUGCAGACACUGUCAACUCUGUGUAAAUACAUUAAUAUGAGUACCAUUUAACAUUAGACA